ACUGAUAGUUGUUUUGAUAUCCGAUUAUUCCCAACAAUUCACUUGAGUUUUUUACUUCCUUGUGAGUCGCUGAGUGACUGGAAUGAAUGCAAGUGAGCUUGCUUGGUGAGUCGAGUGGACAUGGUGGAUCGAGACUGUGCUGAAUAUUCAGGAGGAUGACCUCAGAAGCCGGCCUUCCUGACCUAAAGCUUAUCCAUGUCGUGCCUCCCGCGGGAGACCAUCUCAACAUGACCGAGGAGCCCAGCAAUAGCACCUUCGUGACGGAUGCUGGAAGUUACCAACCGACCACCAUCAACGGAACCUCGUCAACCAGUGCACCCAUUGGAGCUAUCCAGCCAUGUCUCUAUGUCCUUUAUGCAGAUAUUGGCAAUUCCCAUGUUCGUAUAUGGGACCUAGCGCUGCUCAUUCCAAACACACUGUUCCUCAUCUUCCUCAUAUUCAAAUGCAAGAUUGCCAUCACCAAGCUUCGUCAGUCGAGUAGCGCCGUUUUCUUUGCCUUUUAUGCCAUGGUCUUGACCGUGGCAAUCAUCAGCGUAGCGAGAGCCGUAGUCUCCAUGAUGGUCAAUGCGUCCACAAACAGCGGAGAUAUUGCAGACACGGUUCUGUGGAUCAUUGUCAAGUUUUUCCUGAUUUCCAUCGAGUUUAGCGUCAUCAUUUUUGGUUUGUUCUCCAGCAUGGUGGACAGUAAAGCCAUCAUCAAGCGAAUCUUGCUAGCGACUUCGUCUAUAGCCCUAGCAUACUCGGUGACACAGGGUGCUCUGGAGAUCAAGUUUCCUGACAAGCAUUACAUUGCACCAGAUAAAUACGACAUCUACGCUCACGGCGGCAUGCUGUUCUGGUGUAUAAGCUCAUCGAUAUUUUCCUUGGCCUAUUUUAUCAUCUUGAUUCUGCCGUACACAAAGAUGAAAGACAAAGUACAGCUCCCAGUUAAAAGGUCCUUCUACUGCUACGUGGCAUUUCUGGCCCUGCUGAAUCUAGUCCAGGCCAUAGCAAGUGGCCUCGUCUAUGCAGACAAAACACUUGCCAUCUGUGUUGUGGACAUCACAUCCUUUGUCUAUUUCUCCAUCUUUGCUCCAUUAAUCUACCUUACAUUCCUACACAAAUUCUUCCGGCAGCACAAACAGCCCUUGCUCCUGUCCUACAACAACCCGGAUGAGGCUGAGGACGAGGCCCACCGCCUACCCAACUCCUACAUCGUCCCAAGCAAGGAGGAGCCCAUCAGCCCUGGCCCCACCCUGUACAACAGCACGGAGUUCGGCCAGUCGCCCAACAUCACCUUCGGUCCCCUAGUCAUUGGUAACCCCAUGGGCAACAGGCACAUGUCCGCACAGUCAGUGGUCGAGAACCAGCCGGUAGCCAGCAUCAACUACGACGAGGGAUAAGGUGAAAAUGUGCAAACUAGGGGGUUUGGAGGUUGUUUGAGUAAAUAGGAUGGAAGACUGAUGCAAACGCAUUCACGGUGCAUUUAGGCAGAUACGGCCCCGAGUUGCGUUUAUUGUGUUCCUGAGUUACGCACCCUGACCAUAAAUGAACUUAAACUAAGCUGUGAGUUAAUCUCUGCUUGGCCUUGGUUGAUUUAAGCCAUGGCUGAAAAUGCCGGUGGCUUCAGCAGACCUCACGCCUCGUUGAAUCCUGCUGGAAUUAGCAAAUGGCUCGCUUUGAUGUUGUUAGACUCCGUUGGAUCCAGGACCCCUCAUGCUUUGCUGUUGGAUUUCCUUGGUUUCAACAGGCCUCAACCUUUCUGUUGGACUGUCUGUCAAAUUCAGUAGACCUCGUUCACUGAUGUUUCAGAUUCUGUUCAAUUCAGGGAACACAUAUUGCUAUAGUUGGAAUCAGUAGAUUUCAUACUUUGCUGGUGCUAAAUCUGAUCGGACUCUGCAGAUGUCGUUGCUAUCGAGGUAAUAUACAGCACGUUGUCCACUUGAUGUACAAACCUCAGAUAUGUGGGAAAAAGACGCGCACCUAGAUUAAGGGUGUGAUGUUUGCCCAGCAUCAAGUCUGUGGUCCAAGCAAGGAUUGAGACAAUGCUAGAUAGCCCCUAGAAACCAGACAUUUUCCUGAAUCUUUCAGUGAUUACCCUCGGUUUCACUGUAGACCGAUUUUGAGAGUUCAAAGAACCGGCGUAAGUUUAAAAGCUGUGGAAUAUUAUCGCGCUGGAAAUGUACCCUGGGGCGUGUGAUGGAGAGGGAUUCAGGUGUGUGAUUAUUCAGACCUCUGGGGGGGGGCAUUUUGGUGUGCCAUGGGGGAAGGGGUCACAAUCACGCACCUCUAAUCACUCAGGACUGGAAUGACCGUGGCAAAAAUAUACUUGAUGACCUCAGGUGUUUGAAGAGAAAUAGCGUUAUAUCUGUGAGCCAUUUCUGUGUAUACUUGGGCAAACUUCUUUUUUUGGGGGGGGUGUUUUGUUGUUUUCUUUAAGCGCCCGUAAAUUCUGAAGUGACACAGGACCAAGUUUUUCCGACAUUUUCUCUGAACAAAGAAUUAGUCCAUUUUAUGUUGCGUUUGCCUGAAUGCCCAUGGAUUGAAGUCUAAGUGCAUAGAGUGUGCCAUCUUGUUCCUGUGCAGUUGGAAGGCUGUGAACUAGCUUGGUGAAUGUAUCAAAAGUAGUAGACAUUUGUGCUCAUCUUUCAUGGGUUGAGGUCAAACAGAUAUGUCAAGAAGUGCUCACCGAUGUGUAUAUUUGCAUUUAUAACUGGUGCUCGUGUUGCAAUAGUAUAUUUGCUGAAAGUCACAAAGAGGUCUGAUGCCGGCCCUGCCUAGUGCCGAGACACUACAAUCAUUUCAGUUCUAAUAGGAAUGCUCCAGUGGUGAUCAUCAUUUGCAUCACCAGUAUUUAUGAUAUUGAUUGUCAUUCAACGUUAUUUUUACCAUAAUCAGCAAUGUCACUAUCACCUCAAAUCAUCAUUGUUAUCACAUCCACCAUCUCUAUCAUCACCAUAGUUAGACUUAUAACUC